AUUUCUUAUAUUUAUAUUAUUAAAUAAGAAAAUUCCCAUGGUUGUAUAGAUUGUAAAAGAAUUUCUUUUGACACCUCGCUCGCUAUCCGCCGCACCCUCAUCCUCUCCGGAACUUCUGUUCGUCUUUUGAGCUUGACUACAUUCAGUUGAAGAAGCAGAUAUGGAAUGCGUGGUUCAGGGAAUUAUAGAGACACAGCAUGUCGAGGCUCUUGAGAUUCUUCUUCAAGGGCUAUGCGGUGUUCAGAGAGAACGAUUAAGAAUCCAUGAAUUAUGCCUCAAGAAUGGUCCACAUCUGGGCCCAGUAUCCUCAGAAGUUCGACUUUUAUGUGAUCUAGAGCAAACUGAACCCUCAUGGACUGUUAGACAUGUAGGUGGUGCAAUGAGGGGUGCUGGUGCUGACCAAAUUUCAGUUCUGGUUAGGACAAUGGUGGAAAGCAAAGUGAGCAAGAAUGUGCUUCGUAUGUUCUAUACACUGGGGUAUAAGUUAGACCAUGAGCUGUUGAGGGUGGGGUUUUCUUUCAAAUUCAAUAGGGGGGCACAAAUCACUGUGAGGGUUUCAUCAGUCAAUAAAAUGCUGAAGCUGCAUGCGACUGACGAGGCCGUGCCAGUAACACCUGGCAUACAGAUGGUUGAAGUAACAGCGCCUGCUUCUGAUGAAAACUAUGCUGAAGUUGCUGCUGCUGUGCAAUCCUUUUGUGAAUACCUUGCUCCGCUUCUCCAUCUGUCCAAACCAGGCGUUUCAACUGGUGUUGUUCCUACAGCUGCAGCUGCUGCUGCAUCUCUAAUGUCUGAUGGUGGCGGUACACCUCUGUAGUGGUCCAGUAAUGUUAAUUUAUGCACAUAAAGAUUGAACGAUGUUGAUUGCUUCAUGAUAAAAUAGUUGGUAGGUAUAGGAAGAGUAACAUUUUGCAUCGGGUUGUAUUUCAGAAUGAUAAACGUGAGCGACCCUUUGUAAUGCACCUGUUUGAAUGUGUUAUUUUUUUAAAGGCAAAUAUAGAUUGAAAAUGCAUUUCACCAAA